UCUUCCUUUCUUUCUGGUAUUACUGGUUCUUUAGCGUUUCCGUCCAGAGAGUGAGAAAGGAUUUUUCAAUUUAGAGAUGAAAAGCGAAGAUAACGAAGAAGAAGGUCUUUUAUUAUUGAAGCAAUUACAAGAAUUCGUUGAUUCUGAUCCCACCAAUGCAUCUCAUCACUACAAUCUCGCACUAUUCAUAUUGGAGAACAAACAAGAAGAAGAAGACAAAGCAAAAGCCGUUGAACAUUUGGUUAUCUCUGCUAAGUUAAACCCUAAUAAUGGUUCUGCAUUUCGAUUGUUAGGGCAUUAUUAUAGUAGAUUCUCUAUCAAAGAUACUUCAAGAGCUUCUAAGUGUUACCAAAGAUCACUCACUCUUAAUCCUGAUGAUUUUGAAGCUGGGGAAGCACUUUGUGAUUUGUUAAGUGAUGAUGGAAAGGAAACAUUGGAGGUUGCCGUUUGUCGGGAUGCUUCAGAGAAGUCACCAAGGGCCUUUUGGGCGUAUGGACGAUUAGGAUAUUUGCUGGCUCAUCAGAAAAAAUGGACUGAAGCAGUACAGAGUCUUCAGCAGGCUAUACGAGGUUAUCCUACUUGUGCAGAUUUGUGGGAAACUCUUGGUCUUGCAUACCAGCGGCUAGGAAUGUUAACUGCUGCUAUAAAGUCAUAUGGGCGAGCAAUUGAGCUGGAGGAUACAAAAAUCUUCGCGCUGGUUGAAAGUGGAAACAUAUUGUUGAUGCUUGGCUCCUUCAGAAAGGGCAUUGAGCAGUUUCGGCAGGCAUUAGAUAUUGCACCUCAUAGUGUAGCUGCACACUGUGGGCUUGCUUCGGGGAUGCUAGGGUUGGCCAAGGAAUGUGUAAAUUCUGGUGCAUUCGCUUGGGGAGCAUCACUAUUGCAGGAAGCAUCUGAUAUUGCAAAAGCAAGUACUGGCUUAUCUGGAAAUGCUUCUUGUACGUGGAAGUUGCAUGGUGAUAUUCAGCUUACACUUGCAAAGUGUUUUCCUUGGAUGGAUGGAAAGAUGUGCAUAGAUUAUGAUGAGGUGGCAUUCAGAAAAUCCAUCACUUCCUGGAAAAGAAGUUUGUAUCUGGCUGCAGUUUCUGCUAGUCGUUCUUACCAGCGAGCAUUGCACUUGACCCCAUGGAAAGCUAAUAUCUAUGCUGAUAUUGCAAUCUCUAUGGAUUUGAUUCGUUCAAUGGAGGAGAGAAAUGAACCUAAACCCUUUGCUUGGCAGCUACCUGAGAAAAUGUCGUUGGGUGCCUUAUAUCUUGAGGGAGACAGUAGUGACUUCUGGGUGAUUUUCGGGUGUUUAUCCACUCAUUCUCCAAUGAAGCAACAUGCUCUGAUUAGGGGGUUGCAAUUGGAUGCAUCUCUUGCAACCGCAUGGGCAGACCUUGGGAAGCUGUACAGGAAAGUGGGAGAGAAACAAUUGACUGCACAAGCCUUCGACCAUGCUAGAAGCAUAGAUCCUGCACUUGCAUUACCAUGGGCAGGCAUUUCAACAGAGUUUGGAUCCGGGGGAUGCACUCUAGAUGAGGCUUAUGAAAGCUGCCUUCGGGCUGUGCAGAUAUUGCCUCUUGCGGAGUUCCAAAUUGGUCUUGGAAAUAUUGCUUUUCUUUCAAGGCAUCUGCAAUCCCCACAGGUAUUUGGAGCCGUUUGCCAGGCCGUGCAUCGUGCUCCUCACUGUCCUGAAUCACACAAUUUGAAUGGUCUCGUACAUGAAGCGAGAUAUGAUUACCAAUCAGCAAUCGCUUGUUACAGAUUAGCACGAUAUGCCGUUAAUUGUUCUGUAAGAAAGACGCCCGAAUCCCAUCUCUCUGAUAUUUCAGCUAAUCUAGCCAGAGCGUAUUAUAUGGCAGGGAAUGCUGUUGAUUCUUCUCGCGAAUGUGAAGGUUUGAAGAAAGAAGGUCUUCUUGAUAUCAGGGCACUGCAGAUACAUGCUCUCUCUUUGUGGAAACUUGGGAAGAAUGAGUUAGCUCUCUCUGUGGUUAGAAUUCUUGCUGCAAGCAUUUCAAAGAUGGAUAGUGAUACUGCUUCUGCUUCUAUAUGUUUGGUAUGUAAGUUGAUGUACCACAUAUCAGGGCUCGAAUCAGCUUCAUCAAGUAUUCUGAAAAUGCCAAGGGAACUGUUAAAAAGUUCAAGUAUGAGUUUUAUCGUAUUUGUGAUUCAUGUUCUCGACCAUAGUAAUCGUCUUGAGUCGGUCAUUCCAAUUGGUCGUGAAUCUCUGACAUCUGAUGAAGAAAUAGCUGAAAUGCAUUCUUUAAUUGCCCUUAGUAAAGUUGUCAAAACUGGACUAGAGCAGAUCACCGAUAUUCAGAAAGGUGUACAUCACCUGAGAAAAGCUCUUCACAGAUACCCUCAUAGUAGUUUGUUAAGGAACCAACUGGGUUAUGUUUUACUAUCCAGCAAAGAAUGGAAUGAUGUUCAUACUGUGCCAAGGUGCACUGUUGUAGAGUCUCCGGGUUUCCAUGUGGUUGAUGGUCUAGUAUCAGCACCUGAGAUUCUUGGUGCUGCAGUUGUUGCAUGCAACUCCAGCAAAAGCACCAAUUUGAAAUUAUCUUUGGCAACAUGUAUAGGCCCCUGCAUGCAUGGGAGACAAACAAUUAGUCAACUUCAGAGAUGGUUGCAUCAGGAGCCUUGGAACCAUACUGCACGAUACUUGCUUCUACUUAAUUUUCUGCAGAAGGCUCGUGAAGAGCGGUUUCCUCAGCAUCUUUGUAUUAUACUUAGUAGGCUAGUUUGUGUAGCUCUCUCUUGUGAAAUGUAUUCAAAGAAAGAUGUAGCUUACCAGUAUCAAAAGUUCCAGCUUCUACUCUGUGCUUCUGAGAUCAGUUUACAAAAUGGAGCGCACGACGACUGCAUUGGCCAUGCUCUGGAUUCGUUAAGACUUACGCUCCCUGAUAGCACCCGCUUUUUUGCGCACUUGGUACUAUGCCGCGCCUAUGCGGCAUUGGAGGAUUUUCCGAAAUCUCAGAAAGAGUAUAUGAAAUGCUUGGAGCUAAAGACAGAACAUCCAGUUGGUUUGAUAAGCCUCAAACUUCUGGAGUCCAGAUUUAACCUACAUAUUGAUACGAGUACCGUGAACUUGAAAUUCGAGGAGUGCUUGAAAGAAAUCGGAAGCUCAAGAAAUAUGUGGAUGGCAGUGUUUCAGUUAGUGUUGGGUCAGAGCUAUAUUUGGGAUCAAGAUCUGCUUCAUGCAGAAGAGGCUCUUGCACAGGGUUGCUCAUUGGUUGAUACCGAUAGUUGCCUCUUUCUCUGUCAUGGGGUUAUCUGUAUGGAGCUUGCUAAGCAACAGUCUGGAUCUCAGUUCUUGUCUCUCUCAGUUUCCAGCCUGCGCAGAGCUCAAGAGGUAUCACCCAUUCCUUUACCUAUUGUCUCAGCAUUGCUUGCUCAAGCAGAAGCAAGCCUUGGCUCCAGAGGGGAGUGGGAGAGAAACCUUCGACUCGAAUGGUUUUCUUGGCCAUCAGACACGAGGCCUGCAGAAUUGUACUUUCAAAUGCACUUGCUCGCACGACAGCUGAAAGGUGGUCCUGACUCAUCUCUUGGUGUUGGUUUUCAUCGGACCCCUCAGACAUGGAUUCUGCGAGCGAUACAUGUGAACCCAUCCUGUUCCAGAUAUUGGAAAUUGUUGUACAAGACGAAGGUUUGACCUGUGUACAAUUAGGUGCUUGUAUGUGUAGCUAUUAAAUCAUGCAAUUUUCAUUUUAUAAUUCGGAAUUGCCAAGUACUCGAAUGCAUCCUCGCUGCCACUGCUGAUUCCUCAACUUGGAGCAGAUAAAGUAACCUUUUGGCACCCAAGAGUAGUUUGCAAAUGAAGGCUGCUGUCGACGCCGAUUUAGUUAUCUUGAUAAUUUAGACCUUCUGUAUAUUCCAUUCGAGUAAGAGUAACCUAAUAUAGGAUUUGUUCAAAAACUGUUUAUAUCACUCAAGGAUUUCCUGUUUUCUUUUAGUUUCUUUUUGGCCUGGAUAUAAUUCCCAGGUUACUUGGUGAUGAAGUGGAGUUUUGGACCAAACCCUGAAUGGGAGGUACUUUACAAAGAACGAUUUUUU